AUGCGGCUUUUCAAAUCUAGCAACAAGUCGCAGGCUUCGGUUGAUCGGUUACCAAGUUCGCGGUCGUCGAGCCCGGACCCAUCCCACUCUCACUCGCGCUCCUCCUACAUUGCCAGUAGUGGAGCUCAGACUGGCCCUGCUUUCGCUGACCGCCCAGCGUAUCCCUCACAACCGCAGCCCCUACAAGCCGCCGACGACCACCGUAAAAUUCUCCCCUAUCCCCAAGAUAGUGUCGCUGGCGUUCCUCACCCUGCACACGUCCUUGCCAGAGACUCUGCUGAGGGGGCAGGCUAUGUUGACAACGCGAGACGGCCAAGUGCACCCAUCACAGUGAUCCCGCCCACCUCCCCACAACCACCCCCUCAGUCCUUUGGUCCAGCGCCGAUACCAGGACAGACACAUUUCGGCCACUCUAAGCAAGUGCAUGUACCAACCGAGAAAGAACAUCGAUCGAAGAGAAGUAUCUUUGGUCUGAAGAGCUCAAAGGAUAAGGACAAGGACAAAGAUAAGGACAGCCAACACUCUCCCGUAGACAAGAAAGGAGGACUUGGUCGCUCCGGAUCGAUACAUCUGCUGAGGAGGUCACACCACCAGUCGCAACCUGCUGAGCUGGGCAGCCCUUCUUCGCCUGUUGGCAACCCAAACAUCAGACAGUCUGCCUACUUUGCACGGUCCGACCAGUCUCUAGAAAAUUCACCAGAAGAUCCUUCUCACUACGAACAGUAUCGGGGUCAACAAUAUCAACAACAAGGCCAGCCACCACAACAGUCACAGGAGAACUACGAUCCCUCGCCGACCAGUCAGUAUAGCCAGCGCUCGCCCGAAGACGCUCGCUACCAUCAGCAGCAGCAGCAGCAGCCACCGCCGGGUCAGAAUCACUACCCACCGCCGCCAGACAAGUAUCUGCCAUAUCAACAAGCCGAAUCCGCGAACAACUCUGAGCACUACCUUCCGUACGUGCAAGGUCCAGCCCAAGGUCGACCAGCAGGAGCCAUCAUCGCCGAGCAAUUGCAAGCCUUCCGCCCUCCUUCUCAAACCUCUCUCCACAAUUCGCUGGGCCCGCCCUCACCUGUGCUGGGCCAACAAGAUUCGCGGCCCUCGACCGCACAGACCAGUCGCUACUCAGCGCAGUCUGUCGGUCAGCCCACACUACAACACCCGCAACAGAUGGCCAGAGGUGACCCACCAAACGGCAACACUCGACAGCAGCAAAUGCCACAACGAGAUCCACGUGACGAGCACCUCUACCAACAAGACCCUCGAAUGAGAAUGUCGCAACACCAGGCUGACCACGGCCGAAACACGCCGCCCCCAAGAUCGAGCAACCGCGAAGACCUCCGAGACCUAGACUACAACCAACUCCUCCAGAAACAUGAAGAGCUGCAAGCGAAGUAUUCCAAAGUUAAGCGCUACUACUUCGAACGCGAAGCCCAAGUCACACAACUCCAAAAUACAGUUGCAACACAACGCCUAUCCAUGUCCAAAACCAGUCUCGACGACGCCCAAUACGCCCAACGGUUCGAACGUCUCUCCGGCGCAAUCAACAACCUCGCCUUCAAUAUCCGCAAAGAUUGGAAAAAAGUCCCACCCUGGCUCCAGCCCGUCUGCAACACCGAUGCCCACAACAUCGGCACAAAAGAAAUGACCGCCGUCGGCCGCACAUGCAUCACGCGCUGGCUCAACGACACCCUCUUCCGCCAGACUUUCCAUCCGGGCAUCCCCACCGACGUCUCCGCCUACCUCAAAGCCGUCGAGCAGAACCUGCGCUCCCAAGCCUCCUCCGGCCUGGUGUUCACAGACGAGCAACGCGACGACCAACUCAACAAACUCACCUCCUGGCGCCUGACAACAAUCGAAGGCCUCGCGCCUUACCUCAACAGCAAAGAGGCAAUCACCUACCAAGACAACCUCACCACGUCCCUAACCAACGCCCUGACCGGCUCGCUCCAAGCCAACCUCAAGGAUCCCCCUCCACCUGGCCUGCAAGAAGGCUCCCGCGACGUGGUCAUCACGUACUUCAUGCCCGGCGAGCAGAUUAACGAUAACCUCAUGAAGAUCGAGAGCGGCAUGACUGCGCUUACAUCGCCUGGUCAAGAUCCUUCGCAGCAACGUGCGUCGAUAGCGCCAUCGUCAACAGAGUCGCCCUCAAACAUGCCCGGCGCAGGCGACAGCCAAGAUGAUCUCGACUCGGUCGAAGAACAGAUCCGUGAAGCCGCAGCUAAAGCUACACAAAGUGGCCGAACAGACAGCGUUCCGAGUGUGGCUGGCGGCGCCAAGGUGAAUAAUAACACCAACGAUAAGGGCCGGGACAAGCAGCAAAAAGGAUCAAGUUUCUUGGGCGGGUUCGUGAGUAAGAAGCCGACGCCGCAGCAGCAGACGAGCGUGCCACCUGGAAACCGAAGCGCCGGAGCAGGUGUUUCGCGGGAGCGACUACAAGCUGAAAGCCAACAACAGCAGCAACAACAAGAGGAUGCGCAGCAAGGUGGUGGCGGGCCUGGUCCGGUAUCAAUCUUCCAGCCCGGUGAGGGGAGGAUACGGUUCGCGGCGUUCUUGGCUGUUGAGGUUCGAGGGAAGGUCGGUGGUAGUCAGGCGCCGAGCACAAAGGAGGGCAGCGCUGGACCGGGCGAGCAGGGGUCCGCUGCAGGCGCUGGCGGUGGGGAAGGUGGGAGGGUGAGUGUGAAUGUGUUGUGUAAGGCGCCUGUGUAUGAGCUCUAG